AUGCACCGCGGCAUGGGGUACGCCAGAGGGUUUGUUACGGCGACGCAUUUUGCUGUCGCCGUUUUGGUGGCACUGGCUCUCGUACGGUCUCGACCGUCUUACGGUCAGGAAGACGGGCUGGCUCCCUCCGGAGGGGCGCUCCAGGAGGGAACCUGCGAUGAGAAGAAUACCUCCACCGGCGGACUUGCGUUGACACUUCGGCCCAGCGACGAGUAUGUCUCAUUUAAGUGUGGAGAAACAGGAACGGCAGAGCUUUUGCCCGCAUUCGAACAGCAGAUGGUCUACGACGACCCGGACUGUGGGGAACAGCACAAAAAAGAGCUGCAACUGGCGUGCCUCGACGCCAAGUUGUACGAAGAGCCGCCGAACCAGGAACAGGGCAGGCCGAAAAGCUAUAAGCUCUCUGUGCCAAGAGGUGGACGCUCCAAGACGACCCUAUGCUACAAAUGUAAACUCACUGCUAAACCUAAUCAGGUGAACGUGGAGAAAAACAACCGGAGGGAGGGUGUCGCUGUGCGCGCCAGCGGUGACAGGGGAGAUGCAGGAGUUGCAGAGGAGUCUGGACCGGUUGGCGGCCUGAGAACAGGAGACGGUUUAGAAACACACAACGAGGAAAACAGUGUAUCAGGUGCCGUGACAUACUGCCUUGUGAAGAUAGAAGUCCAGGAGAGCUCCAAGCCGGGAAAGCCUGAAAAGCCACAGGCGCCUGAUGAACACUUGACGCCCUCCACCUCGCAUGACGGGUCUCUGCAAGUGACUGAAUGCAAUAAAGACACUGUAACUGAGGUCUUAUCUCCAGAGAAGACUGUCAGAUUCAGAUGUGAGAAGGAUCACGUGCUGAAGCCAUCCACGUCAGCUAUGGUUUAUGACGACAGCGACGAGCAGUGCACCAAGGAGGUGGAGCUUUCAUCCAUUGUGAAUGCGGCUCUCAAACCGCCGAACUCCAAAUCCGGAACUAGCGAAACGACAGAUUACUAUGAACUGGCUCUGGAGGCGACUCCCAAGCACGACGCCGCGCUGUGCUAUAGGUGCGUGGUGCCUGAUCCAGACGGAAAGUGGUCAUCGACUUCUAUGAGAACAGCAGCACCCGAGCAGAAAGGGUGCUUGCUGAAGGUGUCGGUCAAGGGAACAGAUGGGUCAGCCUCUUUGGCAACGUCUGUGUCAGCAUUACCGCCAACGUUGGUCGGCAGCGCGAUAUCACUUUUGCUGUACGCGAUGAUGUAG